CUCUCAAAUAAAACAAAUAAUAAAGAUAUUUCAAUAAUUUCAUAGCUUAAAGUGCAUUCUUGGGGGGUCGACAAUUGGUUGAUAGUGUUUUAGUUUUAAAUGAAGUAGUGGAUGAGGUGAAGAAGAUGAAGAGGCAAGCUUUUGUAUUCAAAGCAGAUUUUGAAAAAGCUUAUGAUUGUGUAGAUUGGGAGUUUUUAGACUGGAUGAUGAGUCGUUUUGGUUUUGGCACUAAGUGGAGAAGAUGGAUAAAAGAAUGUCUCUCGACAGCAAGGGUGUCGGUUCUGGUGAACGGGAGCCCAACGGAGGAGUUUCAGAUGGGAAAAGGUUUACGACAAGGGGAUCCGCUAUCUUUGUUCCUCUUCUUGAUGAUUGGUGAAGGGUUACAUGGUUUGGUCAAGAAGGCAGAAACUGUAGGAAUGCCAGUUGGAGGUAAACCAAGGAGCAAGGAGUUUUGGGUUCCGGUUGUUAACAAGUUUCGUGCCAAGCUUGCUGUCUGGAAAUCCGCUAUGUUGUCGGUUGGAGGCCACAUUACUCUACUCAACUCGGAGUGCCGGAUCUAUGUAGGAGAAAUUGGGCUUUACUUGGGAAAUGGUGGGCUAGAUUGGGUGAUGGAGUGGAGAAUUUAUGGCAACAGGUGGUUAGGGAGAAAUAUUAUGGAGGUAGAUAUUACUGGAGUAGAAAGUGGACGAGUGUCUAAGAUUUGGAGUGAUGUUGUUAAAAUAGGAGGGAUGGCUGUGGGUUUAAGGAAUUUGUUGGUAAAUGGUUUUAGGUGGGAGGUAGGAGAUGGUAAAAGAGUGGGGUUUUGGAGAGAGAUCUGGGUUGGGGAUAAAUCGUUGCGAGAUUUAUUUCCCCGAUUAUAUGAGUUGGUUGUUAAGGAGGAGGGUCUAGUUAGUGAGAUGGGUGACUGGGAGGAAGAUAGGUGGCGGUGGAACAUGGAGUGGAGACGGGAAAGGAAGGGUAGAGUGAGGGAUGAAGAGGAGGGCUUAUGGGAGUUGUUGGAGAGUGUCCAGUUGAAGAAAGGCAAGGAGGACCACUGGUGGUGGAUACAUGGACUAGAUGGACAGUAUGUGGUGAAAACAGCUUAUGAGGCUUUGGCGCCUAUAAAGUGCACUCUUGUGGACCAGUUUUAUAAGAUGAUCUGGUGUCGACUAGUCCCUUCCAAAAACAACCCAUUGCAGGUUGCUAUAGAAGCCAAAAGACAUAAGAGGCUGUUGAAGAUGUUCUACAAGCAGACUCAUGGGGUGGUGUGAAUGGAUACUUGGCUGCUGAUUUUGUUUGAUUUUCUUGUAUGAGUUAUUUGUUUCAUGUAUAUGGGUUGGAGCACCCCUUGUGCUCCUCAGGAUAAUAAUAAAUUUAUUUGCUUAUC